UUGGCUAGUGCAGCCUCGCUGCCAUAAGAAUGGUGGGCAGUGGGAUGGGAUUGUGGAUGUUAUGUGAGCUUAGGGGUAGGCUUAAGUUCAUGGUUUGUUUUUUUUUUAACCUUCUUUUAGGUUCUGGGUGUCCUAGACCAUGGAGACAGCUGAAGUUGCUUAAUCUUUGGCACAUAAUUUCUGUUUUGGAGAGGUUUGAGAGGUCGUGAGGAUCAGAGAAAAUGUCUAGUCCUCCAUCUUGUUGGAGUGACCCAGAAGUCCCGGCCCUGUGAUUCUUUGACAGUAUCUCCAGAGGCAGUUGGAUUCCUGUCAGCUAUUGGGGUGUUUAUCAUCUUGAUGCUGCUCCUCUUUUCUCUAUAUUAACAAGAAGUUGUGUUUUGAAAAUGUUGGUGGCUGUUCCAGAUCUUGGUUCAGGAUACAGUAAACAAGGGAGAAUUCACAAGAUAAAAUUUAUAAUACAUACAUGGAUAAAGAUCAGCAUGGUUCAUCCUCUGAAAGUGAAGAUGAGGCAUUGGGUAAAUACCAUGAAGCACUGUCCAGGACACACAAUUCCAGGCUGUCAGUGGCAGGUGGAAGACAAAAGGAUUAUGUUUGGGAGACCAGACAAAAAUACAGUCCUCUGUCUGCAGAGUAUGAUGGAUAUAGUAGCGAAGCAUCAAUAGAUGAAGCAAACUGCAUUCAGAGAAUGAGAAGAACACCUCCACUGGAUGAAUUGCAGCCACCACCAUAUCAGGAUGACAGUGGCUCUCCACAUCUCUCAUGUACACCUUCAGAAAUUGGGGACAGUAAAUGUGAAUUUUCUCACUGUAGCAACAGUCCAAGAUGUUCAUACACUAAAUGCCCAAGCGAAGGAAGUACAGGACAUGAAAUAGAAAGUUUUCAUAAUAAAGGCUAUGAAGAGGAUGUGCCCAGUGACAGUACUGCUGUUCUUAGCCCAGAAGAUGUGUCAGCUCAAGGAUCAUCUUCACAACUUCCUAAACCUUUUGAUCCUGAGCCAGAAGCUAAAUAUGGCACUCUGGAUGUGACUUUUGACUAUGACUCACAGGAGCAGAAGCUCCUAGUGACAGUGACAGCUGUCACAGACAUCCCAACAUAUAACAGGACCGGCAGCAACUGCUGGCAAGUGCACCUUGUUCUUCUGCCCAUAAAGAAGCAGAGAGCCAAGACAAGUGUCCAGCGAGGACCAUGCCCCGUCUUCACAGAAACGUUCAAGUUUAACCAUGUCGAAUCUGAGAUGAUUGGAAAUUAUGCAGUGCGGUUUAGACUCUAUGGUGUACGUCGCAUGAAAAAAGAAAAGAUUGUGGGGGAAAAAAUUUUCUAUUUAACAAAAUUGAAUCUUCAAGGGAAGAUGUCAUUACCUGUGAUUCUGGAACCUUCUUACAGUCUUUCCGGCUGUGGCUCCCAGAUGAGCAUGUCAGAAAUGUCCUGUAGUGAAAGUACAUCUUCUUGUCAGUCUCUAGAACAUGGCUCAACUCCAGAAAUCCUCAUUGGCCUGCUUUAUAAUGCCACAACUGGCAGAUUAUCAGCAGAAGUGAUAAAAGGCAGCCACUUCAAAAACUUGGCAGCAAACAGACCACCCAAUGGACUGUUCUGUUGUCUAAAACACUUGAUAGGUGGACAGGUUUAUAUAAUCCGAGAUACAUAUGUUAAGUUAACUCUUCUGAAUUCCAUGGGUCAAGAGAUGUCCAAAUGCAAGACAUCCAUCCGCAGAGGGCAGCCAAAUCCCAUAUACAAGGAAACCUUUGUUUUUCAAGUGGCGCUGUUUCAGCUUUCAGAUGUGACCCUCAUACUGUCCGUGUAUAACAAGCGCAGCAUGAAACGAAAAGAGAUGAUAGGCUGGAUUUCUCUAGGUCUCAACAGCUCAGGAGAAGAGGAACUCAGUCACUGGACUGAAAUGAAGGAAUCCAAAGGACAACAAGUAUGUAGAUGGCACUCAUUAUUAGAGUCAUAAUGGACAGUGCAAAGGGCAAUUAGGACUCAUGACAGCCUUGUUUUGGGCUCCAAAAAGAUUAUUUUAACUUAGCCACUACUAGGAGUGCAGUUCACAGAAGUAUCAGCAUCAACAUUCCACCUUAAAACAUGCACUAAGUGCUACGGAACAGAACAGCUAAUCCAUCAUCUCUUCAUUGACUUUCCAUAUCUCUGGUGGAAAAAAUCAUGGAAUAUGAGAAAUUUACAUGAACAUGGUCAACCUAGCAACUCUCCAGAGGUUUAAUCAUAUGAUGUUGGUUUUUACAAUACUUUCACUUUAGCUACUAAAGAGCUAGCUAUUUCAUUAAAAACCAGAAUUUUCAAUGAAUACAAAUGGAGAAUUUUUGUUUCAGAAUUGUAUUAAUAUUGGCACUGUUCUAGAGGUUCUCAAUAAAACAUUUUUUUGACCAGCCAAAACCCAGUGUUAGUGAGAAGAAAAUUUGAAAGAAACCUAAAUCAAUUCUAAUAGUAAAAAUUUAAUCUCAUUGAAAAAUCAUUUUGUUUCAUAUUUUUUCUCUUUGCAUAGGUUAUUAUGCUUCAUUUCUCUGUCAAACAUCUCAGUAGCAUUAAAUCUAAGUGGAGGCAGGUACUUUGACAAAAAGACGACAUUUCUUCAGCAUGUCAUGGGGACAAGCUCCACUUGGACCCAAGUCAUUUUUCCCCUUGCCUAUGCUUCUGCUUAACCCAAAGAGACCAGGUACUGGUCCCUUGCAAGCCUUUUUAGACAGGUUGUACUGUAGAACUAUGUAACUUUCUGUUGAAAGCACUCCCUAUAUUCAUGUAUUCCAACAUAGGAAGCUCAUAGAGCAGGAUUUGACUUUUAAAAUUCUUUCAAUAAUUGAUAUUAAUUUAUUUUAAAUGCCAGUAUUGUGAAGAAUAUAUUUUUAAAACAAUGAAGUAUAGUAAGUUAGCUGAUGAAAAAAAUAAUCCAGUGUGAAGUUUUAAAUGUCUGGUACUAGCAUUUAGCAACAAACUGUUUUUUAGCAAAAUAAGUAUUCAUAAUAAGAAAGAAGCUGCUCUCUAAGUGUUCAGUCUUACCCUCAGAUUCUAAACUUGUGAUACAAAGACUAUCUCAGUCUCAGAUUCAGUCAGGACCUCAUGUUAAAGACUCAUGCUGAGACUCCUUCUGAUGCUUCUGGUAACAUGACUAAUUUUUAUGAAAUUUACAAAUACGUUCUUCAACGUAAUAUCAUCCUGUGCCUUUCAUGUCUGUUAAAUUUGCUCAUACAGCUUAAGAAAGCUGUAUUUGCAAAAUUAGGCCUUCAAUUUUUAUAAACAUAAGGAUUCCUCAGAACAGUGUCAUAAGAUCUUUUUUUCUCUGGACUAUGUAAAGUUGUAUAUUAUGUGCUAAUUUUUUAAAUGACAAAGGAGUUUAAUUUGGGUUGGUUUUUAAAAAUCUAGCAACGUUGGUUGGAAGUAACAUUAAGUAUUAUCCUAUUUUGCUGCUUAUCCUGUUUGCUGUCUGUAGCUUUGCUCAUAAAUAUUGUCAAUUUUAUAUACAUAAACAAUUCUUUUCCUUCGCCCUUUCUCCAUUCUGGGCCAAAUAGAACAAAUUGUUAUUUGUUUACCAAUUACUGAAAAGUAGUGUAUGGUUUUCAAGAGAUUCACAGUGUACUCUAACGUACGAACAUAUAAUAGCAAAACAUCCUCAUAGAAAAUAUCAUUUGAAUUUGAUUUUAUAGAAAGAUUGUACAAGUAAUCCCCAAAUUCUAUAAACUUUGAUUACUUUUUAGUUCAAUUAAGUUACAGUUUAGAAAUGGCAGUUCAAUACAUUCAUCCAUGUGAAUUAUAAGAAAAUUAUUAUUAGGUUAAACAAGUUUAUGAAUACAUAUUUUGUGGCUUCAUUAAUGGGAAGAUUAAUUCUUUCAUUAGAGCUUUUCUGGGAUUUUUAUAAAUGAGUUAGUCUACACUCAUAUAUGAAUCAUGAGACAUAACAUGUGAUUUAAGCAAGAUCAGCAACAGUGGGCAAGGAGGUUUUGAAAGGAAUUAAGAAUCUUAGAAUUAUACAUCCAGGAUUUUGACAUUGUAAAGUAUUUGUUCUAGUUUUGAAAAGAUUGGUUAUGUUAAUGAUAACUAGAAUAUCCCCAAUAAAAAAGAGGUAUCAGCCUUAUUUGUAACCGUAUUAAGCCUUACUCAAACACAGUAAGAUUUCCUUGUUAUUUUACCUUUGAGUGAGCAAUCCACUAACCAGCUGUUAGUUAAAUUUGCCUUUUUUCAGACAAAACUCAGAGAGGUAUAUAUGUUUCAGGAUAUCCCAGACAACUUCUGAACAGAAACCUACAGAUCUAAAACAUAAAUAGGAAGUUGAAAACAUCAGAUAAGGCCCAUACUCCCCUGUGCUCACAAAAAUAACAAGCUAUAUCUCCAGAUAUAUAAAAAAGUGAGGGUGUCACAAUUCUGAAAAUGUUCAAGUUAGUAAAUUCUGUUUCUUCUCUCCUUACUUAAAUCAGAAUAACCUUUUGGUUUAGAUCCUAAUUGUUCCUCCUAUUCUGUCCUUACUUAUUUGUUUCUCCAAACACACACACACACAGAGCAAAAUACAUAUCUUAUCCUGUGGAUUGACAAAAAUAGUAUUGGUUCUUAGAGUAAUUACUUCUAAAAGAUUCUUUUCUCUUAGAAAAAAAGGUUUAAAUAGGGCUCAAGAGACCCCUUUUACUAUACCAGAUUUUAAUAUAUCAGAUAGUAUUGCUCUGGGUUUUGUGCUUUAAUUUUCAUGAAAGCUUUAAGGCAAAUUUUAUAUCCUAGUAAUACGGCAAAUUAGGGGCCUACUGGUGGGCAGUAGGUAUAGGUUCAGAAAUUUGAGAAAGAAAACCCAAUUUCUUAUUGUUCUGUUAAAAACCCCUAAGUUUUGUAAUAAAAUGAGAAAGGCCAUAUACAGCAAUUAAGUAGUAUGUGAGCUUCAGCUCUUGCAAUUACAGCCUUUAUUUAUCAACCAAAUGAGCUCCAAAAUGUAACGAUUGGAAUGACGCCACCUGCUGGAGACUUUACUGUAGAAGAGUUCUGCCCAUGAAGCGAAGGUCUUUGAGGGCAAGACCAGG